AACUGCCGCUGUUUCGUCUUGCCAGUCGGUUUUUAUGCUGCUACGAGAGUAGUCUCGCGAAUGGCAGAUUUUCCGUGCGCGAAUCGCUUGACUUUUUGACCCGAACGAUCCUUCUUCUACUCGAGAAGCGAUCCUUUGUCAGUUACGAUUCCGUGCAACCAUCGAGAUGCAGUUUCACGUAGCUGGAAGUGUGAUUUUCUUGGUGGUGUGGUUUACCCUUCAUGGGAACUCCCAGUCCGACGAACCCUUGCCAGCAAUUCUGGGGGGCAUAGGGAACGUGGCGUCCAGUGCUACCAAUUUUCUGACAGGAAUGAUGCAACGACAGAAAGAACUGUUACACCGUGUGACGGAUACUGCCUCGGACCUCAUCACCAGCGCCGUAGAGAAGCCGAGGAACCUAUUGAUCAACGCCACCAGGGUGACCACCGGGAUUAUCGACAGCGCGGCGUCCAAGGGCCUCGAGUUCAAGCUGAGGAGGUUCCUCGAGAAGUUUCGUAACAGGAUGCCGUACGGGAUACCGGAACUAGGACUUCCGCCAUUGGAACCGUUCCAGCUCGACGAGGUCGACGUAAACAUUGACAACCCGGAAAUAGGGAACCUGUCCUUGACGAUCGAGAACCUGGUCAUCCACAAUCUCUCAACCUUCGUGAUCAACAAGGCGAAACUGUCGCUCAUCGGACCAACGAUCAUCGCCAACAUAUCCAUUCCCCAUAUCUACGCUGAGGGGAUGUAUAACGUAUGCGGAAACAUCGGUGACAUGCUCCAACUGAACGGCACUGGACCGUUCCAAACGGACAUCUACGAUUUUCAGAUUUACGUGAACACUGUGCUGGGAUAUUCCAGAGGAAUGUACCUGAAGAGCUUCUACCUAGACUUCACGUUGAGGUCCAUAGAGAUGAGGUUGGAGGACUUCAUGGAGGAUGAGAAACUCAGUCGGAUAAUGAGCAAGGUCUUUCAGGAGCUCACUCCAAAGGCACUGGACAUUAUUAAACCAGACAUACUUCCUGGUAUACAGAGUUACGUAGCCGGCAGAGUUAACGAGACCAUUCAUCACCUCACUAUGAGGGACAUAUUUAGCAUCCUCGUGGGACAAAGUGAAAUCCGUGAUUUCGCGCACUUAUUAGUGCCUUAAAGGUUUCUUUGAAUUCGUCAUUCUUAAAUAAAAUUAUGCUGUAGUAAUGUUUCACAAUUAAUGUAAACUCUUAAAUUGAAAAAGAAGAGGCGAGUACAAAAGAUGAACAAGGAUGCGAUCCAGAUUUUAUUAGGCACGACCAGACGUAAUGGAGACUUAAUUAAAUAUAACCAGACAUGACUCAGACUUAAUUAGGCAUACUCAGAUAUUAUCUCGACUUAACCAGACAUAACCAGAUACGAAUCGGACUGAAUUAGACAUAAUCAGGCACGAUUAAAUUAUCAACGAGUCGUGUCUUUAAUUGAAAUUUUCAGCAAAGUGGAAAUUUCAACGCGCUUGUGUUUAUAUUUAUAUUCAACAGUGACUAAACGUCGUUCGGCAUGUCGCGCAGAGACUGACCAAUUGAAAACGUCGCGAUAUCGGAAUGUAAUUAACUAAUUGUGAUUUCUGUAUGAAAAAUUGUUCGGUGCACGAUGAUUUUCAAAUUGAAAAUCCAUGAAGGAUGAGGCUAAUUUCAGGGAUUAGAGAUAGACAGUAAAUAUUGCUUGUAAGAAAUGAAAAUGAAAGUAGCUAACCGUAGCAAAAAGAAAAAUGAUUUAUUAUCGUAAAUAAAAUUGUCUUUCGUCGUAUUUCACUGUGUUAGUAAUUUUCAAGAUUAUAAGUUUAUAAGUUCGAUGAGUCCACAAGUUUAAAAAUUUGCAAAUUUAAAAAAUCGCCAAGUUUACAAAUUAAAAAUUUGACAAGUAUACAAGUCUACAAAGUUUAUAAUGAUAAAGAAUGCUUGUUCCUGCUACAGUCAGCUGUUUCAUUAGAGAUUAGACGUCGAAUUUUUCUCGUUCACUCGAAAAAUUCAACCACGACCUAACAUCAACUAUAUAACUUCAAAUAACUAGUAUUAUAGCCGAAAGAAUGUAUAUUUUUGUACGAAAUCGUAACAAUGACUGCUUGCCAGUACGGUACUAUUAUGAAAAUGUAAAUUCCACUGAAUUUUAUAAUUUUCAUAAAUGUUUGUUUAUAGGAAGACGUACAAAAUUUUAUAUUUCAUUGAUGAAUGAACAAUGUAACGUACAUAUAAUAACAAUAGUAGGUUUGACAUCUAUGUAAGGGAAAUUAAUGACGUAUGAACAAAGUAAACAAAUGUAAACAAAUUACUGUAUACUUCAAGGUUAACUAUCUCUUCAGAUUUCUUUUAACGAGACACAUUUCGUUGAUCUACACUUUAUACAAAGCAACGUUAAUUCCCACUGUUUAAUUUCAUUUUAUUAUUGUUAAUCUGAAAGUUAUGACAAUGUUGUUUAAGUGAAUGUAGUACGUAGGAGAUGUGUGAUAGUUGGUAGUUGUGAAAUAAACAAGUUUGUGCCGUAAGCGAAGAA